GUCGUGUUCCAACCUCAGGCCUACAUGACAACAGCCAAACUUCAAUUGUGAAUGAAUUGAAUAAGGAAAAUCUAGAACUUAAACAAACUAUAGAUGGCCUCGAAAAAGAACGUGAUUUUUAUUUCGGUAAACUUCGUGAUAUCGAAAUCUUAGUCCAACAGCGAAUCGAUAGUGAACCUGACAAUCCAUUAUUGAAGGAUAUUCAAUCUAUUCUUUAUAGUACGGAGGAUGGAUUUGAAGUCCCUCCUGAAGCAAGCUUGGCUUGGCUCAAAAAGCCAACUCAAGUCAGCUCAAAUAAGUUGGCUCAA